AUGGCUAUCCCUGAUGAAAAAGAACAAGAAAGACUCGGACGACAAAGGCCAGAAGUCUUUAGCAGCACUCUACAAGAAGUCGGAUUCUGCGCAUCCAUCUUACUCUCCAACAUUAUGGCGGAGUUCCUGAUUAGUGGUUUCAAUGUACUGCUCCCAAGUCUCAUCAAAGAGCUCAACUUCUCGCCUGAGGAUAAGACUUGGCCGUCGAGCGUCUUCUCUCUUGUCGCUGGUGCCUUUCUCCUCCCCUUCGGCAGGCUCAGCGAUAUGCAUGGCGGCUUCCUCGUCUUCCUAGCAGGCAAUGUAUGGAUGGCUACGUGGUCACUGAUAGGCGGUUUCAGCCAAAACUACGUCAUGCUCGUUGUAUGCCGUGCACUCCAGGGUCUAGGAGCCGCUGCGUUUCUGCCAUCCGGCAUCUCCCUUCUCGGCAGUGUCUACCGGCCUGGUCGUCGAAAAAACCUUGUCUUCAGUCUUUACGGAGGCUGCGCUCCGUUAGGUUUCUUCACUGGUAUACUUGUAGCUGGCGUCAGCGGCCAGUUUCUCCGGUGGAGCUGGUUCUUCUGGAUCGGCUGUAUGCUGCUGACCAUUGUCUGCCUGCUUAUCUUCUUCUGCGUCCCAAGGCAGAUGUACCCGGCUCGGAUGCCCAUGGACUGGUGGGGCUGCGGAACUUCUAUUCCUGGCUUGAUGCUGCUGGUUUAUGCCAUCACGGAUAGCCCUCAUGUUGAGAAAGGGUGGGCUUCGCCACAGAUCCUUGUUACCUUUCUUCUUGGUUUGAUAUUCCUCGCCGCCUUCGUCUACGUCGAGGGCUGGGUUUCGCCUGCGCCCCUCCUUUCCGCUCAACUAUUUGCACCAAAAUAUACCAUUGCUUUAUUCUGUUGCCUUUUCAUUGCAUUCGGCAGCUUUGGUAUUUACCUUCUCUACGCCAGCUUCUACAUCGAGACCAUCCUUCACAUCGAACCUCUUCUUACCGCGGCUUGGUUUGCGCCACUGGCCAUUGGCGGUAUUAUCAUCGCCAUUGUUGGUUCUGUUGUCCUCCACAAGCUCACGGGCACCGUAUUGCUCCUUCUAUCGGUUGCUGGGUUUCUUGUCUCUUCCCUUCUCUUCAUUUUCAUUCCCCGUGAUCCCAAUUACUGGGCUUGGGUAUUCCCCGCGAUGACUUGUGCCACCAUCGGCAUCGACAUCAUGUAUAAUGUUAGCAACAUCUUCAUCACCACGAGCAUGAAGAGCGACCAGCAGGGCAUGGCGGGUGCUUGCGUGAACGCUCUUCUCUUCUUGGGUAUGAGUUUCUUCCUUGGUUGGGCUGAUUUGGCGUCCGUUGCCGGGGCUCGCGAGAACCUAGAGUCCGGCUAUAAGAUUGCCCUUGUGAUGGGAGCAGGCUGUGCGGGUGCCUCCAUACUGAUUAUAGCCUUUUGCAUCAGAGUUGGCCGAGCCAAGGGGGAUAUGACGGCCGACGAGCGAGAAGAACUCGAAAGACUUGGUGCUGCAGGAUCAGACAGCACUUUGCGCCAAGAAAACGAGGGCUCUUACAAAUGA